UCCGGGUCAAAACCGUAAAUCUAGAUAUUCAGCCUAAUAUAAAUUCCAUAUAGUUUCAGAAACCCUAAUUCUUCCCCGUUUACAUCUUACUUGGCCACAGUGCGACAAACCGCCGUCAUCUCCGUUCGCAGGGAACCAUAUCGCCUGGCCUAAAAUGUCUUUGGUGGCGAACGAAGAAUUUCAGCACAUUCUGCGUGUGCUGAACACCAACGUCGAUGGAAAGCAGAAGAUCAUGUUCGCAAUGACCUCUAUCAAGGGUAUUGGAAGGCGAUUCUCUAACAUCUGCUGUAAGAAAGCUGAUAUUGACACGAACAAAAGGGCUGGUGAGUUGAGUGCUGCAGAGUUGGAUAAUUUGAUGACAGUGGUUGCAAACCCUCGUCAAUUCAAGAUACCCGAUUGGUUCUUGAAUAGGAAGAAGGAUUACAAGGAUGGUAAAUUCUCUCAAGUCGUCUCCAAUCAACUUGAUAUGAAGUUGAGGGAUGACUUGGAGAGACUCAAGAAAAUCAGAAACCAUCGUGGUUUGAGGCACUAUUGGGGCCUCCGUGUUCGAGGUCAGCAUACCAAGACUACUGGCCGUAGAGGAAAGACUGUCGGUGUCUCAAAGAAGCGUUAAGCAGUUUUGUUUUGAAUUGGAGAUUAGAUGAUUUUAAGGAUGCAUAUUUUAAGUUCAUUAGACACUUUUAUUAUACUGACUUUGUAUGGUUGUUAAAUGGCACUAGCAAUUUCUUUCAA